AUGGCAGCCACUGGAGUAGUGAAGCUCUCUCCUAGUUCUACUUCUACUGCUGCUACUAGUUUCAAACAUGUGGAGGAUGUAAAGUCGUUCACGCGGCUGUCUUUCGCGGCGUCCAAUGUCGCUGGGGAGAAGCUGAUGUCAUUAACCGGAGUACAACUGCAACGGCGUCGUUCCGCAACUGAAUUCGACAACCGGAGUCCACUGAUCGUUUCUCCAAAGGCGGUUUCUGACUCGCAAAAUUCGCAGACUUGUCUCGACCCAGACGCUAGCCGAAGUGUCUUGGGAGUUAUUCUCGGAGGAGGAGCUGGGACCAGACUUUAUCCUCUUACAAAGAAAAGGGCGAAGCCAGCUGUUCCACUUGGAGCAAAUUAUAGGGCAUAUGCAAGCAACAUGGGUGGUUACAAGAAUGAAGGUUUUGUUGAAGUUCUUGCAGCUCAGCAAAGUCCUGAGAAUCCCAAUUGGUUCCAGGGUACAGCUGAUGCUGUAAGGCAAUAUCUAUGGCUGUUUGAAGAGCACAAUGUGCUUGAGUUCUUGAUUCUUGCUGGAGAUCAUUUGUAUCGAAUGGAUUAUGAGAGAUUUAUUCAAGCCCACAGGGAAACAGAUGCUGAUAUUACUGUUGCUGCACUGCCAAUGGAUGAAAAACGUGCAACGGCGUUUGGUUUGAUGAAAAUAGAUGAAGAAGGUCGCAUCGUUGAAUUUGCUGAGAAACCAAAGGGAGAGCAAUUAAAAGCUAUGAAGGUUGAUACGACCAUAUUGGGUCUUGAUGACGAGAGAGCGAAAGAUAUGCCUUACAUUGCAAGUAUGGGAAUAUAUGUUGUCAGUAAAGAUGUGAUGAUAAAUCUUCUUAGAGAUCAAUUUCCUGGUGCCAAUGAUUUUGGAAGUGAAGUUAUUCCUGGAGCAACGUCCAUUGGAUUGAGGGUGCAAGCAUACUUGUUUGAUGGCUACUGGGAAGAUAUUGGUACAAUCGAAGCUUUCUAUAAUGCCAAUUUGGGGAUCACAAAAAAGCCUAUCCCAGAUUUUAGCUUCUAUGAUCGAUCAGCUCCAAUUUACACCCAACCUCGAUAUCUGCCUCCUUCCAAGAUGCUGGAUGCUGAUGUUACAGACAGCGUCAUUGGCGAGGGCUGUGUGAUUAAGAACUGUAAAAUCCACCAUUCUGUGGUUGGACUUAGAUCUUGCAUAUCAGAGGGUGCAAUCAUAGAGGACUCAUUGCUGAUGGGUGCAGAUUAUUAUGAGACGGAUGCCGACAGGACAUUUCUUGCAGCAAAAGGUGGUAUCCCAAUUGGUAUUGGCAAGAGCACCCACAUAAAGAGAGCAAUAAUUGACAAGAAUGCUCGAAUAGGAGACAAUGUAAAGAUCCUUAAUGGCGACAACGUUCAAGAAGCUGCAAGAGAGACGGAGGGAUACUUCAUCAAGAGCGGUAUUGUUACAGUCAUCAAGGAUGCUUUCAUUCCAAGUGGUAGCGUCAUCUAA